UUUAUUUUGGAUCAAAUAAAUGCAGGCUUGGUGAGCAGAAGAGACUUCUUUAAAAAAAAAAAACAAAUCUUAGUGUUUAAAAACUAUUGACUGGUAGUGUAAAUAGAACAUUUAUCACACUUGCUGCGCUCUUUUGUCUCUUUAAUACCAAAUAAUAUCCAAAUCAUAGAUUACAUUAAAAAUGCUUAAACCCUUAUGGGAAUUAAUUCACAAAGAUAUACUUUGGCGAUGCCAUUGACCGCAAAAAAAUUAAUUCUGCAGAAAAAAUUAUGUCAAGUGUUUGUUCAGCGCGUAACUAAAUGUAUGACUGAAUGCCUGACGUGCGUGAACACAGGUACCGCUAGUCGCAUUGGAGUCUUCAGUACCAAUUUGCGCCAUAGCGCACCGUGCCGUGUGCGUCAGCGCUCAACUGCAGGAGUCAAACCCCUUCUCACAUAACACACUAAACAGCCACAUUAAGUUUCUAAGGCAGGAUUAAAUUUACAAUGGCUGAUAGCCUUAAUUGCAGCAGCGGCAACUGCUCCAGCGCGCACCGGGAAGCGUUUGGUUUAUCCGAGGGACACUUUGCGCUCGUGAAAGCUGCAGUUCUUGGGUGCAUUUUCGCGCUUGCAACAUUUAGCAAUUUCUUUCUCCUCCAUGCCCUUUGGAAAAGACGAAAAAGACGCACUCGAACGCAACUGUUUCUUCUGCACCUGUGCCUGGCUGACCUGGUGGUCGCGUUCUUCCAGGUCCUGCCGCAGUUAUCCAUGGAGAUUACGCACCGGUUCAAAGGCUCCGAUCUGGUGUGCAGAGCAGUUAAGUAUCUCCAGGUGGUCGGGAUGUUCGCGUCCACCUACAUGAUCGUGGCCAUGACCAUAGAUCGCUAUCACGCGGUCUGCAAACCCAUGGUGUCGUUCUUCAGGGGGUCUUUCCGCAGGUAUGUUGCUAUAAGCGCGGCAUGGCUCGUCUCCCUGGCGUUCAGCGCUCCGCAGAUGUUCAUCUUCUCUCUCCAAGAAGUUGAGAAGAAUGUUUUCGACUGCUGGGCGACGUUUAUUGAGCCCUGGGGAAGCAGAAUAUACAUAACGUGGAUCACUCUGUCCGUGUUUGUUCUGCCAGCCGUGAUUUUGAUGUAUUGUCAGAUAAAGAUUUGCGCAGGGAUCUAUUUCAACAUGAAGAGGAAAGCCUUGCAGGGCAGCACAGGUGAUGGGCGCUCCAGCUCUAAAGGCAUAUCAAGUGCAAUGCUGAAGACUGUCAAGAUGACUUUUAUUAUCAUCCUGGUGUACACCCUCUGCUGGAGCCCAUUCUUCGUGGUUCAGCUCUGGUCAGCUUGGAGUCCAAGCAGUGCGCCCACGCAAGGGCCAGUGUUUGUCACUAUCAUGCUCCUCGCCAGUCUUAACAGCUGCACAAACCCAUGGAUCUACCUGUACUACAGCUAAAACCUCACGGACAUUGAGCACCUGCCAUUCCUGCUGCUGAAGAGUGCAUGGAUAUAGUCUCAGCAAGUGAAGUGAUUUUGGCUAUGGAAAGUAGCUGCAUAAUUUGUCAGGGUCAUUUAUUCCUAUUAAAAUAAGAAGUACUGCUAUAAAGAGAAAAAAGGAAAUCUGUUCCCUUUUCAUUUUUUUCGUUGCAUGUGCAUGUGGUAAGUUAAAUGUAUAAGUAACUAGAUGUUCACAGACUGAGGUUUUCUAGGAGUUUCUGACAGAGGAUAUGAGUAAUAGCACUUCGCCUUUGUGUGGUAAUAUACCCUGUCAUUUACAGGUAAUGAACCAGCCAUUCUACAGUAAAUGCCUCAUUAACAUUAGAGUCUUGUAUCAAUAAAAAAUGGCUCAUUAUUUAAAGAAAAUCAAGGUGUGAUUAUAAUUAUUUCCCAUUAAAUGUAUAAAUUUAGCACAAAAUGAGCUGCAGAGGUGAUUGUCGUAAUAUAUAUAAUGUCAUGCUGGUCAGGCGGUCAUAUUUUUUUCUGUUACUGUCUUUUGUGUCACUUAUGAAACACUGUGAAUUGUUUUAGCCGACUUAUGUAAAUUGCAAUCCAUUUAAUGUGAUUAAAGUAAUGUUAUUUUUCAUUCCUCAUUUAAAUGAAAAUACAAA